GCCCCCGCAGCUCGCCGUUCUUAUCUCCCCCUCUUCCUCUCCCGUCUCCCCCCCACGCCCCCCGCGCCGCGGGCGUUCCUUCUCCCAUGACCUGAUCGCUCCUCUUCUGCCUCUUCCGUCCCUCCCUACCGCCCCGCGAAGUUGUGCUCUCAAGGUCUCUCCAUGAAACGGGUAAAAUCAAAGGCGGAUGCCUCCAAGAAGGCCGAUAACAAGCUUUCAGCGAAGAAGGGAUCGGAACGGGCGAGUAAGAAGCCGAGGAAAUUGAAGGCCGCCAAGGAUCCCAACAAGCCUAAGAGGCCUCCCAGUGCCUUCUUUGUCUUCAUGGAAGAGUUCCGGAAGUCUUUCAAGGAAAAGAACCCGAAUAAUAAGUCGGUCUCUGUGGUUGGUAAAGCUGGUGGGGAUAAGUGGAAGUCCAUGUCAGAAGAUGAGAAGGUUCCCUAUGUGACCAAAGCAGCUAAGUUAAAGACGGAGUACGCGAAGAAGUUAGCUACAUACAAUAAUAACCAGUCUGGCGGAGGGAGUUAUGCGGCUGGUGAUGAAGACGAGUCUGACAAAUCCAAGUCUGAGGUGAAUGAUGAUGAAGAGGAAGAAGAGGGAAGUGAAGAGGCUUGUGUGAUUGUCAAAAUAGUUCCAUAGAUUGUUAAGUUGCAGUGGGAAAAGGCGCUAACCUUUUUAUCUUUGUUUUGUUAAACAGGAAGAGGAGGAAGAUGACUGAGAGAACUAUGAGCAAAAGUGCAGUUGAAGGGGCAGAGUUGUUGAAGUAAGUUUGGCAUACCACUGUCUUCUGUGAUGGCUGAACCAUUACUUGGCUGUUGAACGACAUGUACUUACUUUCAUCUACCUAAAAAAAAGUUAAUGCCACUUGGGGUUAGUUCAUCUGUUAUUCA